AUGGCCGGCCUCGCAAACGCUAUCUACUCGCAUGUCUCCCCUCCCUCGUUCCUACGAUCGCAAUUGCAAUUGCCCGACCAGAAUCUAACUGCGGAUUGUUUCGCUUUGUUUAGGACCUUCAUUCGCAAGAACACUGUUCUCUUGACUACCGCCUUUGCCGGUGCCUUUGCUUUUGAGCUUGGCUUCGAUAUCACCUCCAACAAGAUCUGGGACUCCUGGAACCAGGGCCGCCAAUGGAAGGACAUCAAGCACCGUUACAUGGUCAAGGAGGAAGAGGAUGACGAAUAA